CCUCGAUCAUGAAUUUCGAAAUUCCCCCUUCCCUCCAAACCUACCUCUCGCGUCUCGACGACUUCAUCGACCGCGAAAUCACACCCUUACAAGCCCAAAACGACAACGAGCGCUUCUUCGACCAUCGCAGAGAACAUUCCCGCACCGACUGGGACAACGGUGGACUCCCCCGCGAAGACUGGGAACAGCUGCUCCAGGAAGCCACGCGGAGAGCAGACCAGGCUGGAUUUUAUCGUUUCAGUUUGCCAAGGCAGUAUGGAGGUCAGAAUGAUAGCGCGGCGGGACGAGGGUCGAAUCUCUGGAUGGCGGUGAUUCGAGAACAUCUUGCUGCAAAAGGGUUGGGGCUGUUUAAUGAUUUGCAGAAUGAACAUAGUGUGUGUGGGAAUUUUCCGGAUGUGAUUAUGGUGCAACACUUCGGCAACGAGCAACAAAAGAAAGAAUUGAUCGAAGGCCGACUCGCAGGCAAAGUGCGAAUCACAUUCGGACUCACCGAACCGGGUCACGGCAGCGAUGCCACCUUCAUGCAAACGCGAGCAGUCAAACAGGAACAUGACGGAAGCUACAUCAUCAACGGCAGCAAAAUGUGGCAAACAGGAAUGCACAAAGCCACCAACUGCUUCAUCUUCGCUCGCACAAGCGGCAAAGAUGGCAGUGCCCAAGGCAUCACAUGCUUCAACGUCCCCAGCAACAGCACCGGCUUACAAGUGGAAUCCUACGAAUGGACCAUAAACAUGCCCACCGACCACGCCACCAUCUCCCUCACGAAUGUUCGCGUCCCCGCAUCUUCCAUCAUCGGUCCUCUCGACCAAGGUCUCUCCGUCGCGCAAGCCUUUGUCCACGAAAACCGCAUCCGCCAAGCAGCUUCGUCGCUCGGCGCAGCAGUCUAUUGCAUCAAUCAAUCCGUCGCAUAUGCUCGACAACGCCAACCGUUUGGGAAACCUCUGGCGGCAAACCAAGCCAUUCAAUUCCCGUUGGUGGAACUUGCGACGCAAUGCGAAAUGCUAAGGCUCUUGAUUCGCAAAACUGCCGUGGAAAUGGAUGCGAUGGCACAUGCUGACGUCGAGCGGAAACUUAGUGAUAAAGUGAGCAUGUGUAACUAUUGGGCGAAUAGGCUGUGUACGCAAGCUGCUGAUCGAGCUAUUCAGACGUUUGGUGGUUGGGGAUAUAGUCGCCAUUAUCCCUUCGAGCACAUUUGGAGACAUCAUCGCAGAUACAGAAUCACCGAAGGCAGUGAAGAGAUUCAAAUGCGCAAAGUUGCUGCCUAUCUCUUUGGCUUUGUGGGACCGCGAAAAGCUGAAAUGGAGCUUGCGGCGGCGGGUGCGAAAUUGUAGUUACAUAUGUACCUACCUGGUAUGAAAAGAAAUAACCUGAUCUAG